AUGUACCCCAAGGUGUUAGCCGUGGCGGCAUCAUUGAUCAGUCUUGGUGCUAGCGUUCGCCUUGACGCCCACCAUGGCCUGGAUUUGCGGAGCGCACGCGAGGAGCCCUGCAAACAGGUCCGCGACCAAGCUGCCAAAUGGAUGGCAGACAACGGCAUUGUGCCAAAGAACCGGUCUGAGCUCCGUUCUUUCAUGCCGGCCACCCCUUCUGUGCCUAUCCGGCCGUCGAUUGCGCUCGCAUGCCUCAAGUCGGUGCCUUUGUAUAAAGAUUCAGCCUUGCAGCAACUCGAUUUCCUCCGCCCAUUGCUCGAAUGGCAGAGCUCGGUCGAGUAUCUCCGGGACCCUCCUCAGGGGUAUCUCUCCGAGGGCGUUGAUCUCAUCCGAGGCCUCGAUGACAUAGCAGCGAAACUCAAAGAAGAAAAACGAGGCGGUUACGCGAACGAGCUUGAAUUCCUGGCAGACCUGCGCAUGUUGACCAGCGUUCGCCCCCGCGACUUCCAUUUCGGCUAUUGGACGCUGCUGCUGGACCUGUUUGACUUUCCCAUGAGUGCCCAGUUCAUCUCUAUAUCUGACGACGGGCUUGCUAUGCCCAAGAUCUAUCUUUACGACGACGUCAAACACGCCCAGAACGGGUAUACGCCUUCCCCAGUGUUAACCAUCGAUGGUGUCCCAGCGCUGGAGUUUCUACAAAAAGCAUCCGUCAAUAUCGCCUUGUCUCACGAUCCCGACGCUCGGUUUAACGGCAUGUUUCGAAGCCUCGCCACUGACACAAAUCUAGCUUAUGUCUCACCCGAACCGUUCGCACUGUUCCUCGGCGAUACAACCAAGGUCACGUGCCACAAUGGUACCAGAUUUGAAUUCAGCAAUGCCGCCCGACUCCGCGCAAACUUCACCAAGAUCACCUCGGGCGCCGAUCUGUACGAUGUUUAUGGCCGUGGCGACUCGACCGACGAGCGGCCUCUCAACGCCAGGUUCUACCAACUGGCAGAGCGAAACUACACAGCCGCCUUCGUAGGUUAUCCCAAACCCUUCAAGUCUACCAGGCACGUAGCAGGCUUUCUGCCAGAGAGCUCCGAGUUCUCGGACAUAGCCGUGCUCGCUUUGAAUAGCUUCAAUGAAGCGCCUAACCUGGACCACGUCGAUCGGUCCAUGAGCGUUCAACAGAGAGACUUCUACCAAGUCGUAGUUGACUCCAUCAGCGCUGCUAAAGCGGCCAACCGCACCAAGCUCGUCCUUGACUUCCAGGGCAACGGCGGCGGCCUCACCUCCAACAUCAUGGCCCUCUACUUUGCCCUCUUCCCCGGCGAUACCCUGCCCGUCCUCUGGCAGGCCCGCGCCCACCCCCAGUUUGCCUGGCUCGGCAAGCAGGCCUGGGAUCCCACGUCAUCUAUAGGCCAAUGGCCGGUGUACAACAUGAUGAGGCCCGACGGCAAGCCCUGGUCCUCAUUUGAAGAGCUGUACGGGCCCUUCCCGGAUGCCCCGGCCGGCCAAAAACGAUGGGGCCAGCACACCCACCCGGCAAUUGAAAACACAACGUGGACGAAGGGCUCCAUCGCGGAUAACUGUGGUGGUCUCUCCUGGGGGCCGUCGCUCUUAUCUGCUCUCCAAUACCCUGGACGGAACUCUACCACCCCAGGCGCCAAGAGAUGCCUGUUUGGGAGAAGCGCGCACGUGGAAGGCCUGUUCGGUGGGGCUCAGUGGGUCCGGGAGGCAGAACUCUACAUGGGUGCGGCCAAUGGCAAAAAGGAACCGUAGGGGCUGGUUAAGUGGGGCAAAUAAUGGAACUGCACCCAAUUCCGAG